AUGGCUCCUAUGUCCAUGGAGAAGAGGCAUGAGGGAAGGAAAGGCAGUGUGGAACGACCGUUGACAGACUACGAGAAAUGGCGCCUCUAUCACGAACCAGACUACAUCCUGUCUGAUGACCCUAAAUACGAUUUUCUUGACGAAGACUUUGCCGAAACUCAACAAUCAGUCGAUUCUGACCUCCUGGAUCCAUUUAAAAGAUCAAAAGAACAACACUCAUCAGCUGAGACAAACCCUUUCGAUUAUUAUGAUCCAGGGCAAUUGGUUGAAGAUUACGACAAUACAGAUAUGAUUGAAUUGAAAUACAUGGAAACGGUUUCACCCCAGCCUCACGGUACCAGGGACUUUUCUGGCUUUUCAGGAAUAAGAUCUCUUGUUGCAGUUAUAUUCGUUGUGCUAGUGUUGGCAGCAAGAGCCAGCACCAGGACCAGAAACGCUGGAUUGGGGAAAGAUGGCCGAGCUUGA